AUGCGGCCUCAGCGUUUCCUCUCCGCAGCUCUGACAGCGCCUUCUUUGAAGUGCCGCGCGGAGGUGGACAUCUGGCGCACUAAACUCGAACUUCGCGUGAUGCCCAACGGUUCUGAGCAGGAGGUUUUGAUGGACUUGGUCGUGACCCUUCUAGGGUCGGUACAGCCUCUGCACAUUGAUGUCUCCAUUGGUCGUUCGCAUGUCCAGCAGUACGGACAGGCAGCGGCGUGCCUGGGUGAAGCCGCGGACGCUGCCGUUGCAGACAAGCGCGGGUGCUACGGCAGCGAGGUGUUCACGUUUGCUCUGGAAUCAUAUAGGCGGUUUGCCGGCGACACACGUCACGCAUGCCGCGGCGUGCCUCCGCGACCAGUGGGCAGCUCCCAGACUUGUCUCUUGGUGGCGUGCGCAUUUGGAACGCACGGUCAACAUCAGCGCGGCCUGCAUCGACCUGCUGGCACUAGGCUGCGCGCCGACGGCCACGGGGUGUUUUUGUUGCCGCGUGCCGGGUGCUUGGUCGAUUCCAUUCUCCCUCAUACGCUGACUGUAUGUUAG